GAUCAUCUAAUUGUGAAGAGUUCCCAUUUUCUCUCCUUACUUUCCAGGCAAACUGAUAAUCAGAAGAGAAAGACAGGACAAGCAAUGAAGGUAAUGAAAGCCUUAGUCAUUAAGGUUUAUACUACAAAUGAUCAUCUCUUUUUUUGUCAGUUCUUACCUGAUUAUCUGGUGCAGUUACUCGGCUGGAUGCCGCGGAAGUUCCGGCAGAAUGGCUGUGAAGCAAUCAAGGAUCUUGCCAUUGGAAACUCCUCUACUUGUCUGGCUGGGCAGCCAUCACUGGAUGACCAAAAGCCAAACUUCCAUAACACCAAACCAUUCAAGUUCAACCAGAAAGACCAACUUCGAAACUCUUUCGCUAGUUUCGAAGCAGCGGCGACAGAAGAAGAAGAAGAAUACUAUGAAGUAGAACCAUCGGACGCAGUAACCGAACUCUUCCAUGGCUUUCUAGCUAUAGGAACGUUUGGUUCAGACCCUAUCAACACUGACCCUUCCACACCAACCUUCUCAUUCUCUGUUGAGAACAUAACUGAGAAAGAAACUGAGGCAACGGAGAACGAACUGAAGCUCAUCAACGAUGAACUCGAGAAGGUUCUGAUAGCUGAAGAUGCUUCCAACAUUUCAUCAGGGAGAACUAGCCAUGUCAGCAACGGAAGGAGUAGCCAUGGAAGUACCAUUACUCUCAGUGGCAAAAUCCUUGAAGCUCAGGACACUAAUGAAAGCAAUGUCUGUCCUCUCCAGGGGUAUUUGCUCGGGUCUGCUUUCGAGGUUUCGGAGACAACAAGGACUUCUUCUGUUGCAAAGAAGGAGAACAGGACUUCACUUGGUGAGCUGUUUCAGAGGACUAAGAUUGCAGAGGAGAAUCUCGGAGGAGCUAAACUGGACAAGGAAGAUAAGAAGAGUGACAAGGAAACAGGAGCAACUGCUGAUAAAUCUGCAGUCAAUCUGAUGAAGAAGAUACUUAAGAAGAAAAUGCCUCAUGCUUCUUCAAGGAACAGCUCUACUACUUCCACUGUUGAUUCUGCUUCAGCAGCAGAAACCAAACUCAAAAAGAUACUACAAAUGUUCCACAGGAAAGUUCACCCAGAGAACACAACAACUGCAAAGAAUCAGCAUGAAAAGCCAUCUAAAAAUGAGAACAACAAGAAUGGUGGUCAGAACAAUGGAGAAGGAAUCACGGCAAUGAAACCUCAGAGAGCCCUUUCAAAGGGGAGCAUGAGGCGCUACCAGAGCCAAUCUAACCCUCCCCAGUUUUCUCUUAGUGACUCAAAUGGGAACAGGGAGUGCUGGAUCAAAACAGAUGCAGACUAUCUUGUGUUGGAGCUCUGAAGAGAGACAGCAGUAAUCAGGCAAAUGCCUUUUAAAUGGUAAAGUCUAGUAAACUAUCAAGUGUCACUCUACUUUGAAGAAUAUAAUUGGUGUGCAUGUAUUAAUGUAUUGUGCUAUGAAGAGGUUGAGGUGUCAACUGAGUAAAUAAAAAGGUGGUUCUCCUGGGAACCAACCUACAGAAAUCAGUUUGGAAUUGUAUGCUUCUUUUCUUCCUGUAUUAAACAUAUUUUCAUUUCCAUCAAUAUAAACUAUUGAAACUCUUGAGACAUCAUGGGUUUGGCAAGAAUAGUGGGUUUUCCCAUUUUAGUUGUGCAUACUCCCAAUCAAAGAUAACAUUCCCUUCCCCCAUGCACAUGAACCGCUAACGGCUACAAUUCCAUCAACAGACUGGAAGAAAAAAUAGCAGUUUGAAUCAGCUGCACAUUAAAACUUGAGAAGUUUCCAAUGUUUAUACACCAUCCACAUAAAUUGAAGGAUUUUAUGUGAAACAGCAAGAUUAUGAAUUAUUUCAGGGUAUAACUUACCCAAAGAAUUCUCACACUUGAGGG